GACAAACUGUUUUGGUUUUGUGGAGAUCAAGGAAAGAUUUACAAGCAGGCCCUCUGACCACAUCUGCAAGUGAUUGUUUCCUGCUCUGAUCAGUCCAGAAGAAGAUGAUGAAUGAGGAAAACAUUGAGAUGGCUAAAGGGUUGGAGGCGCAGAUCAGCCAUUUCCAGGCUGAAAUUCAGGCGCUGCAGCGCAUAAAGGACAGCCACAAGGACAUGCAGUUCCACUUCAAAGGGCAAAUGCAGGAUGCUCUGGCAUUUUUAUGCGGACAGCGUCAAGGCCGAAAGAAAGAGAGCCUGCAGUCCAGGUUGAAGGAAGAAGUUGAGGAGCUGAAAGAAGAUCUGAGACAGCAAACAGAGAUGAAUGGCAUCGAUCUGGACCGUUUUACCACAAAGACUCUCCAAGGCAGUGACACUAAGCAGGUUCAGCAGAUCCGUUUAUCAGGUCGCUGUUCUCAACUCGGCUUCGACUUGGAGUUUCAAGUUUCUGAGAACCAGGAGGGUCGGAAAUCUGAGAGGACAAUCAGCGAUGUGAAUGUGGUGCUUGACUCGGAUGACCUGCACAACUUCAGCAGCUUCAUAUCCAUGGUGGAGGAGACCAGUGAUCUUCUGCUGUUCUUCAGGACUAUGAGGACUUUCUCCGAGAGAUGUCAUGAUCGAGCCAAAGCUUUCCAGCACUUUCAGGAGAAAUAUCCCGCCGUCGUCUCACUUCCUGGAGGUCACAGUUCGGAGGUCAUGACCCUGAAUCACCCCGAGCUUCCUGGCUGUGUUUUGUUCCUGCGCUGGUCCGUGGAGGUUUCCAGAGACGGUGUCGUCACUCCGAGGUUCGACCUGCUCACCAAGAUCCCGGAAGAAGCUCUGCAGCUGUUCCCCUCUCCGCCCAUAGGUGGCGCUGCCGAGGCCUUUCACAGCCUGCGGGAGCUUCUGGGAGUGGAAGCAGCCAUCGAGUCGAUGAUCAGAGCCGUCAGCCUUUCUCCAGACCUUUGAGCCGGCCGUCGCUCACAGGAAGUGCUCAGGGUGA